AUGGCACAGCCCGCGGAUGAGUCGGGCCCGGCCCCUUCGACUGUUGCCGGGGCCACCAGCGGGCCCGGGGCCCUGGCCGCCCGGUUCGGCGCCCACGGGCUCGGGCUGUCGUCGCUGUCGGUGCACGCGGACGACUAUAUCAACAACCACCGGGCGGUGGCGCCGCCGCUGCACGUGAGCACGACGUUCCGGUACAACGACGACCCGGACCGGCUGCGGGCGUGGGACAACACGGACGACAACGCGCCCUACGACAGCCACAUCUACAGCCGCGACAGCGCGCCCAACACCACGCGGCUCGAGGCGGUGCUGUCGGCCCUGCUGGGCGGGCCGGCCGUCACCUACUCGUCCGGGCUCGCCGCCUUCCACGCCCUGCUCGUCUUCCUCAACCCGCGCCGCAUCGCCGUCGGCGGCGGCUACCACGGCUGCCACGGCGUCAUCGACCUCGUCGCCAAGCUCACCGGCCUGCACAAGGUCGAGCUCGAGGACCCGUCCGCGCUGGCCUCCCUGCGGCCCGGCGACGUCAUCCACGUCGAGACGCCGCUCAACCCGACCGGCGAGGCCCGCGACCUCGACCACUACGCCGCCCGCGCCCGCGAGCUCGGCUGCUACCUGACCGUCGACGCCACCUUUGCCCCGCCGCCGCUGCAGCAGCCCUUUGACCACGGCGCCGACGUCGUCAUGCACUCGGGCACAAAGUACUUUGGCGGCCACAGCGACCUGCUGUGCGGCGUGCUGGCCGUGCACCCCGCGCGCGAGCAGCAGCGAGGCUGGGUCGGGGGCCUGCUGGGCGAGCGCCUGUUCCUGGGCAGCGUCAUGGGCAGCAUGGAGGGCUGGCUCGGCGUGCGCAGCCUGCGGACGCUGGAGCUGCGCGUCGAGAGGCAGAGCGCCAGCGCCACGAGGCUGGUGGCGUGGCUGGACGCACAGCUGCGCGACGACGGCGGCGGCGGGAACCCGGUCGCGAGGACCGUCGAGAGGCUGCAGCACGCCAGCCUCCAGCCCGAGGCGGCGCACGAGGGGUCGUGGCUGCGGCGGCAGAUGCCCCGCGGCUGGGGCCCCGUCUUCAGCAUCAUCAUGCGCGAUGCCGACCACGCCCGCCGCCUGCCCAGCAAGCUGCACCUGUUCCACCACGCCACGAGCCUCGGUGGCGUCGAGAGCCUGAUCGAGUGGCGCGCCGUCACCGACAAGAACAUUGCCAAGACGGUGCUGCGCGUGAGUGUUGGCGUCGAGGGCUGGGAGGACCUCAGGGAGGAUCUGCUGCAUGGUUUCAAGGCGCUGCUGGAUGAGGAUCAGUCGAGGAAGUAA